UUGUGGAUCACGAAACGCGUUGGGCCGUGGACUAAGUAUUUUAAAUGUGAGUGUACACUAUUGAAUUAUAUUAAUAAAAAUCCUAUCAAUUGAGCAUUUGUCUUGCUGUUCAACUGACCUCCCAGCCAGCAGCACCAGUCUCCAUUCGAUCAACUGCAGUCUGCAGUGUGAGGAGGUGAUAAUAGGAACGUGUGAGUGGAACACCAGGACGUUGAUAAGAUCAAGCCAGCAGCGCCAGUCUCCAUAUGUUCGGCUGCAGCCCUCAGUGUGAGGACGCGAUAACAGGAGCGUGUGGGUGAGGGGAACACGAGGACUCUGACAAGACUAAAGACAAGCUUCGCUGUAAACGUUGGAGGGACGGGACCGUUAUCUACUUUAAAGCCAUUCUAACUACAUGCGAGCUUAACACCGGCGAUCCUGUAAGUAUAAAUCAAGCAGGGACCCGGUGUUUUAGUAUAUGGAAGCGCACAUUGGCCUCUGUCUUUCUCUAUUUUUUAUUUGAGGUGGAGCACGAAGGGGAUACUGUGUGUCAAACAGGAGAAUUAAUCACCACGUACCUGUCUUCCAUCUGCCUGUAUUUAAAGAUCUUUACGGAACUGUUUUUUCAAAAAAGAAAUCGAUCUGUUACAGAACCGCACCGAGGGACAGAGAAUAUCGUUGAGACAAAGGAAACUUGAAGCCAGGUAUAAUGAAAAAACUUGAAUCAGGAACUGCACCGCGUUCUAGACAUUCUUCAGUUAUCCUAUGACAGUAGGAGCCGAACGAAACCAGCAGAAGUUUGGGCACUUUGGACAAAUUGAGACAGAAGACCUGGUCUCUAAGAUUCCAAAGAAAGAAAAACUAAGAUAGAAGCCAAGGAAAGACUUCAACUCAAAAUGGAGAUAAAAGUUAUCACCUUCACCUUUUAUCUUCUCUUCCUCCAGAUGGGUCCAUCUCUGACAUCCCCUCAAAUAUUGCAAAUGUGGAAGACAGUUGGGGAAAGUGUUGUAAUGCCGUGUGACACCUACAAUAAUGGUGAUUAUACCUGGAAAAUUGAUGGAGGGACCUAUGUAAGGAGCCUGCUUACACAAAAAACUUAUGGAAGUCGCGCUGACGCCAGUCGCAUCAGCUUCCCGUAUGAAACAACAAAACAGAACAACUCCAUGAAACUGACCGGUAUUAGGCUUGGUGAUUCGGGCAAUUACUCCUGCGAUCAGAAAAUGAUCAUUAUUCUGGUCAUCUUUGAGAUUUCUGUGUCGCCCUCUACUAAUUUAAUAGUGUCGGAAGACCUGGAUCUGAGCAUUAAAACGUAUUCCAAAACCAUGACGGGUCUCCGGACCUUAUGGGAAACACCCGGAAGGGGGAACAUUGAGGGAAAAGGUGAAAUAAAGGUGCCGAAUGUCCAGAUUACUGAUGGUGGGACAUAUAACUGCCGUGUGUGGAUUGAUAGGGAAAACGAAGCCACAUUCCCACUACUCAUCAGUGUGUCAGGAUUUUUUCAAACUUCAAAAAUGAUCUAUAUACCAAAGGAUUCCCCUGCCUGGAUCCCUUGGGAUUUUAAUUUCAACGUGCGGGAGACUGCUGUAGCAAAUGGAGUUACUGCAGUCGAUGGAUCGAUCUCCUACUCAAAUGAUAAGACCAAGAUUCCAUCUGUCAUCUCUUCUCUGACUGUCAAUUCCGGUGCCUGCUGGCCCGAUCGUUGUAGGGAAGGCAAAAAAGAGCAUCCGCGUAACCUGAGCUUCUUCCUCCGCAAGCCUAAGACAGGCUGGUACCACCUGGAGAUCCAGCUGAAACAGGGAAAUAGGCAAAAGAAGAAUUUGUCAAUGGACGUGUGUCUGGUGAUGCUCACAGUUUCAGCUUUCCCCAGCCAACAACUCCCGCUGGAAGCCAAAGUGUCAUUAACCUGCCAGACAAGCUGCAUCGAUGCCAAUAGCACUCUUUACUGGCAUCAUGUGAAGAGUAACACUGAGAAGCACGACCAGCGGGGAAAAUCAUCCUUUUCCUGGGAUCUUACGGCUGUGCCGGAGUCCAUGGGAGUGUGGAUCUGCAGCGUGCGCGUUGGGGGCAAGAUCAUGCUGAGCAAUAAUAUCACUUUGGAGUUGGAGACCACGUUCAUAAAAAGCCCCUCAUUCGUGUGGGUGGUGGUCGGAGGAGGAGCCAUCCUGAUACUCGUCGGCACGGUGACAAUCGUUCUUUUGGCGGCUCGGUGCCGCAGAAAGCGCCGGGCGAGACGAGGGGCUUGGAUCUUACAGAAUCUGGACCAGCAGAGGAGGUGUCAGUGUAAAGGAUUUGCACCAACGAGACUGAGAGAGAAAGACUGGGUGCCUGGCCAUUAACCCCUUGCUUCCCAGAAAGCAGAAGACCAUUACUUCAUUGACCAGCGCAGAGUCUGCCGGUAACCUGCAGAGCGUCCGUUCAUUAACUCCUUCCUGCCCACGGAGUGCUGCUCCUUGAACUUGUACAUAAAACGGAAUUCAAAUACUAUGUUAACCCUUCCUAAACCAGAGCGAAACCACUGUGCCUCUGCCAUUAACCCUCCAGGGGAUCUGCAGGAUUCCAUUAACCAUUUCCAUUCCAUUAACCUGGAGGACAGACUGCCGGUACUUUAUCCAUAAAUCUGCAGAGCAUUGGCCUAUCCCAUUGCAGAACAUUGCGGAACAUCGCUGAGCGGUGCUGCUUCUGUGCCCCGUGCUGAUACUUUUAGUUGCCAGAGAAAUGAAGAGGACUCCAUACCUGCUUAGAACUGAUAAUUACUGGAUGUAUAUUCCAUGUUUAAUGCUGUAAUAAUCAUUGCUGUGAUCAGUAUUAUACAACGUUAAAGCGAUACUGUCAUGGGAAAACAUGUUUUUUCAAAAACACAU